GGGGGGGGGGGAGACAGAGAGAGAGGAUAUAGUACCGGCAUCACACGGAGGUUUGGCUGCAGACUGGUCGGGAUCCCUUUCGCCGCCUCAGUCGCUUCAGACGCAUCAGGUCCAGAAGAGAGUCACUGAAGACGUCCAUUAUCACAACAGAAGAAGGGGAACGUGAAAAGGAUCAAGACGCCCAGAGAUCCAUCAGUCUGGUGGCUACAUGCUCAGUUCUCUUUGGUUUUGAGAAGAACAACCACACGAAUCAGCAGUAACCAUGGAUUUUGUAAUGAAGCAAGCUUUAGGUGGGGCCACCAAAGAUAUGGGUAAGAUGCUGGGUGGGGAGGAGGAGAAGGACCCGGAUGCAUCCAAGAAGGAGGAGGAGCGGCAGGAGGCGCUGAGGCAGCAGGAGGAUGAGAGGAAGGCCAAGCACACCCGCAUGGAAGCAGAGAGGGAAAAAGUACGACAGACCAUCAGGGACAAGUAUGGGCUGAAGAAGAAGGAGGAGAAGGAGGCGGAGGAGAAAGCAGCCAUGGAGCAGGCUUGUGAGGGGUCACUGACACGCCCAAAGAAGGCGAUCCCGCGGGGCUGCGGAGACGACGACGAAGAGGAAGAGGAGAGCAUCCUCGACACUGUCCUCAAGUUUCUGCCCGGACCUCUCCAGGACAUGUUCAAGAAGUAAAAAAACAAAACAACAAAUCAAACGAACCCUACAUUCAGGGUCCAGUCUGGCCUGGGCUCGGGAGGUGGGGAUCUUCGGGUGAAGAGGGUCGACUGAACUUUAAGUGUUGGUUUGGGUAUUUGUAAGCAGGCAGGUUUUGAGUGUAGAUUUGGGGCAUGUAGAAGUGGAAACGGAUUCGGGAGGGGGGUUCUUGCCAAGCUGUUAGAGGCUACACACUGCCUUUCUAGAAAUCGUUUACUUUGUUCUUUUCUACUCCUCGACGAUUGCGUCAUUCUUCCCUCUUUUAUUUGCCACAAUUGCCGUACAACCUUUCAACUGCCACUUAGCACAUUUCUUACGAUUAGUAUGUCUUUUGUCCUUUUCUUGUUGCUAUUUUUACACCUAUUGAGAUCAGACAUUUUGAUUGGUUGGCCAUCAUCUGUUGACAGGCAAUGGUGACCAAUGGAGAACAGUAUUCCUUUAAAGAAGGACAGCGGACAGUUCUGUCCUCAUGCUUCUGUGGUUUUUCAAAUGGCACUGCCACCAUGUUUUCCAGUAGAUGGAGCAUGUUGUGUUUACUUCAGUGGGUGUUUUCUACUUUUAUGAACCUUGUGUGGGUCUUUAUAUUGAAAUGAAUCAGCAUUUGAGUUUUUAGGACAUGUGCCUUCAUACCAUCUCCUCUAGCAGAGGAAUUGUAAAUGAGGGUUUUAUUUUGAGUCAAACAGGUGAACAGGUGUUGGUAGCAUGUAGGCACACGUUACAAGACACAACAUCGGGCACUUCUUAAAUAACGUAUUUGAUAUAAAGUUGGCUGGUUGGCGUAUUUUGGGGUUUUCAGAGGCUAUUGCUCAAACAAAACGUUGUUAUAGCCUAAUAGUCCACACAACUAUUUAAAAACAUAAUUCACUGUUACCUACAAGGCUACGAGCCUCCGAAGAACUGUUUGCUGAAGAAAACAUUCUAUUUCCCUCCUACCUUAACGCCUAGUUUACAAAAGACUUUCUAAGCCUGUCAGCCAGUUAGACUGCCAUCAUGCAAGAAAAGUCCAAUUUAAGAUCUUGAACGCGUCAAGAACUCAUGUCAAUAUGUGGAUUUCCAAUCACAAGGAUUUUUUAAUAGAUAUUCAUUAGCUCAAGUUAUCAUCCAUUCAAGCAAACAAGACUCUUUUUAUCUUGUUUGAAUCCCAUUUAAAAAAAUAGAACUGAUGUUUUAUCCAGAGAUAUUUACACAAAGCUCAACGUCAUCUUGAUUUUAGGUGGAGUGGUCCCCAUAGACAAUCAAAGCAUUGACCACUGGGGAACAGGGGGUAGCCGGUACUUAUAUGUGUUAUAUCCUGUCAUAUUAUCUAUGAUUGAUUGAAAGUGGGUUCUAACUGAUUGCUAUCAAGUGUCUCUUAAUUCAAACUAUUUAUCCAUGUCUUAUUUAAGUUUGUUCUUCUUCACACUUGAAUGCAAAUGCCAGGCAAUGUCUGUUUUCUUUUUACUUACUUACUUUCUAUUAUUACCUUUUGUGAAUGUGCUGCCGAUGAUUUAUUUAAACGCAAUCAAACUUAGGAUUUCAUUCACAUUCUUGCUGAGCUAAUCUUUCCCCUCAUCUUGUAAUGUGUGAGUUUAUCCUGAUCGAAGUUCAUCAACAUUGAGACCAAAGAAAUACUGGUGAGACCGUGCUAUUUCUUUUGUCACCGCCGAAACACAGACGUGCAUGCCGACUCUGGUUUUAAUUGUACGUGCAGGAGAAACGCAGCAGCCUGUUCAGUGUGUGCAUGCAUCCCAAAGACAUCCACUAGACUAACAUGAUACUCUCCUAGUUCAUUACAAGUAUUCCAUGGUUGAAUAAAACUAGAUAAUUUCACUGUAGACUGAGCCUGAGCUCACAGAGAGCUGAGUCUGCUCUGCAUCCUGCGUCUUUAAUCCAACAGAAUAUCAGAGUGAUUUGUCAUAAAGCAUUUAAGUAGAUGUACUGUAAAUGGAAACAAUCUCUAUUUAGUGAAACUACCUAAUUAUAUAGACAUUUAUCGAUAAAACAAAGCAUGAGGGUUAUUCCUAAAUGAUCUGGUGGCUUUUCAGUGGUUAGUUAUGUGACGGUGUGAUUAAUACAUUGUUCCAUGAGUUAGUAACUUAAAAUAACUUUAGACUAAGAUUAAUGAGGAAGUUAUCAUAAGCACUAUAAAAACAUUUUUCUUUUCAUUUUCUAGCUCAGAUAGGACUUUUCACUAGACAAAGUCAUGUCGUUUAGAUCGCAAUAAUUACUUAAAAUGAUAAAAAAAAGAAUAUUUCAACAUUGAAAGUCUCAUGUUUGUUUUCUGUAAAAGAAUUAGAAACAAGAUCUCUAUCUAAACCCUCACCAUUCUUGUACCUUUAAACAUGUAUACUAAUGUAUACACAAAGAAAACAUAUGUAAAGUAAGAAGCCAUUGUUCUAACUGUCUCAGUGUACUACAUGUACGUGUGUGUGUUUAUAUGUGUGUGUCUUUCUACGUCUGUGAUGUGAGACCAUGUCGUUGAUUCAUAUUGUCCUGGUUUAUACUUCGUAAAUGUGUCUUUGAACUAUUUUUGAAGCUAGGGCGGCUCCACGUCGUGCCACGUCUUAAAAGAAAUAUACUUAACACAUUCCUUUCAAAUGUUGAGCAUGCAAAUGUUGGGUAGAGAAGAGAAUACACCAAAAGGCAAAAGAAAAAGACAAUUUCCUGUUUCUGUAUGAAUCUCCAGGCAACAGAAUCUGUGCAUAUGAUCCAGAAAGAUCGGCUGUGCGAUGGGCUUGUUUAGUGUGCGAUGUUCUUUGUUGUCUGAGUGGAAGUUUGGUGAAGCUGAAGGCCGUGAUCGCACUGGAGCUUUGUUCUGCAGCUAAAAUACAAAGAUCAUCUGUGAGCGUCACCUGCAAAGAACUCCAGUUGUGUCCCAGUUUGAAGUAGUUGUAGCUAAACAUGUGACAAAAUACUGAAAGAUGUCCGUCUGCAGACUAAGUUCUCUUCCUUUGUUAGGUGUUCAAUCUUUAGAAAAGCUUUGCAUUAAGUUUUCAAAUGUAAAACUGACAUUGAGCGUCAAAGUCACAGUUUGAUUGAUGUCUGUUGGGCGCAAAACAUGCCUUACGACCUCAACUCUGAGUUAUCUGAAGGCUUGAAGGCUUUUAAAAAGAAAUUGGGGGAAGUGCAAUUGAAAAAACAAAAAACAAAAAACAAAACAGAUACUGUAACUAAAAUAAACUAGGUCUAAAAACUGCAUUUAGAUUUCAAUGUGUAUUACUUCAUUCCAACUCUCAUGUCUCUCUAUAAGAGAGCAAUCUGCAGAGAGCUUUGCUCUUCAUUAUAAACCAACCACCAUGUUGCAGUGAUGCGUCAGCCGCAAAGCUUAAGAUGGUUGCAGUGCAGAAAGUGAGAUGAGUGAGGAGAAUCACCUUGAUUCAUUUGAUUUAUUUCACCUAUAGCACGUGAAUUAAGUUUAUUCAAGCCGUGUAUCUCCUGGUGGAUCGGAGAGAGGGGACAUAAAUCCUGGACGAGUCUUAAUUCACGGGCCCUUCAUGGAAACUACAGCCAUACAUCCUCUGUAUGUAAAAUAGUCUCGCACCGGAACUCGUUUCGAGGCGUCACAGCAUGUGAACUGUCUUUGAAAAGGGCUAUUACUACGUCCUCGGUACGGGAGGUUAGUGGUAACUCAUCUGUCGCUCGUCCUGGUGUGGAGUGCUGUUUUUAUUCACUCUGGUUGCAUGAGUCACGUCGUUGUGUAAAAGUGUGUUUGUGGAGCGCAUGUUGUUUUAAGAGCGGCUGUUGCUUUGCACUUAAAGAUAAAUCCUUGGUUUAAUAGACAAUAGUGUAAAAGAAAGGAGUAGUUGGGUUGUAAACUAUAAGGAUGGUUUCACAUGGAAUAUAUGAACUGUAUAUUUUCCUAACAUAAGUAGAUAUGGGUGAAUGAGAGUGUAGAUCUGGACAUGAAAGGCCUCAAACACAUUGAACAGCUACAUCAAGUCCUGACUGGUGUUUGUCUAAAACGUCUGAGCUCCAUUGAUGAGGAUGGUUUUAGGGGAAACUCAAGCUAAAUACAUUGCAACUGAAAAACUGGAUUAUCAAAGCAUCUGCUGUUGUCAGGAGCCCAGACACAUUCAGAGAACUGAGAAACUGCCAAUCAAAGUCCCAGUUCAUCCUUCCCCCCAAAAAAGCAAAGAUUGUCCAACAGGUUUGGUGAUAUUUCUCAUGAUUAUUAUACCAACACAAAGUCAUUUAUUUUGUCAGCGUGCGAAAGACAUGCCACAUGUUUACUUCUUAGAUAUAACUAUGAAAUGCAAUGAGCGAUUGAGAGAUCGAGAGAAGAAGAAAAACUUUCCUUUAAACGUUAUCGUUCCUCCAAACAAGGCUGGACUGUUUAACACUGAACACUGUAAUGAUGUCAUAACAUUUGUCUUUUUUGUAACAUUUUUCACGUACACUUAUAGAUAUUAUUGUAACUGCCCUGCUGAAUCCUGCCAGUGAAUCUCGUCUUAUCACCACGUUUACGUUCCCUCCAGUGAAAGAUGAGAUUUGGAUGAGCUCUUGUUAGCACAACUGUUACUGUGAAGAGAAACCUUUUAAAUACAUUCCAGUCUUUUUGGCAUUUGCACUUGAAUACGUUGAAAUGUUACACUAACAAUGGUUAUGGCAUCUACGAGUCACCACUUUCAACUACCUGUAUUUUUUUUACUAUCUUCCAGCCCUCUAAACGGUAAAGUUGAAAGGUAUGAGAGGUGAAAAAUGUAGCACCUCAGUGCGCGGGGUUCAAUACCUGGCAUCCGUCCCUUUAGUUUGGCCAUUUGUGCCAACCAACGCAAUUGGCGAUAUUCACAGGUUUGCUGAUGAUGUGACCUUGUUCUGUUCGCUGCACUCGUUCUCUUCACUGUCUGCUGAAGCAGCUGGAGACCCCAUGUGGAGGGUCUGGAAUAGAGAUGGACUAUAAUAAACAUUGGAAAUGAUUCAUGAGGGAUAAACAACUGAAAAAGGAAUGGGAAUGGAUUGUUCCUACAUUUGAAUCAAAAGGGUCUUUCGUUUUAAUUCAGGGUGAAAUCAUUUCAGGGUGCAGAGGUUAAGAAUGUAAAAUAUGAGUUCUUAUGCUACUUGUUCCUUAAUUGCAUGUCAUAUACUCUUUGUGGAGCCCAAUCACUGUAAAACUGUCUCAUCAAUGGAAUUGAAUCAUUCUUUUUGGAAAUUAAAUGCUUAACACUAAUUAAAAAAAAAGGUU